AUGUUAAUUAGAAUAUUUGAAGAAAAUAUAAACAUCAAUUCAUACUAAAUUUAAUUUGCAGCCGCUAUCCCUAACAACAGAAAGGAUGAUAAAAUGAAGAAUAAAAAUUUAUAAAGUCUUGAUUUAUUUGAAUAUGGAAAACUUUUUUACUCAAAAUAAAUCUGGAUGGAAAAUUAUCAUUCUGUAUACUAAAAAUUCUCUUUAAUUUACCCAAGAAUGCAUUGUUUGUAAAUAAUAAUUCCCUUACCAUUGUUUUUCCCUGAAAAUCAGUUUUAUUUGAAUUAAUAUGAAAUUUUCCUUCUUUUUAACAAUAUUUAUAUGAAAUAGGCUUCCAGAUUUGAUAUAAUUAAGAAUGAAUUAAUAUCAAAAAAAAAUGGAAGGAAGUUGAAAAAAAUUAGUUAAUGUGGAUGCGAAAAUAAAUUUAAUUCCGUAUAUUUAGGCGUGAGCACCAUUGCAGAAGUUGUGGAUAUAUUUUUUGUUAAGACUAAAUAGACUUAAUCAUGA